GUUCAUCGAAGUUCCGCCCCUCGUCGGCUGUUUGCUCGGUCCAUAUCAUCAGUGGAGAGCGCGAGCGCACGCGAAUUAAAAUAUUUGUGUCAGAAAGAGAGAUUCCUCAGCUCGUGAGUGGAUCAUGACGCACGUCCGCGCGUAAUGUCACGCGCAGCGGGUCUGUGUGUGCUGGGACAGGUGUGUUACCUGUGGCUGUGAAUGGUGGAAAUGGGCACGGAACACCAAAUGAACUACUGUCCUUGAACAUUGUUGUUUUCCGACUAGGAACUAGUGAGAGCGAGACUUUUGUCUAUUGAUUGAUCGCGUGACGCUUUUUAAACGGGUGAAGACACGCGCACCACUCCCUGAGCACUGGAUGUAAAGCUCUCUUUUUGAUUGCUGGUUCAGUGUGAACGGAGUUUGCCGCAUUACCGAACCGGGCUGCAGUAUGUGCGAGACGGUGAUGGCCGUGUCUCAGCUGGACAUCGAGCCUCAUCCACCGGAGAACGGCUUCGUCACCCCCGAAACCAAUACAUCGCCCGAAUUACUUACGCGGAUCGACGGCGGCGUUUUGCCUAACGUGGGCGGAUUUGGGAAGUAUCAGAAACAGCUGAUCGUUUUAACAUGGAUCCCGGCCAUUUUCAUUGGCUUCAGCCAGUUCUCGGACAGUUUUCUCCUGGCUCAGCCGAACAGCCCGUGUGCUCCGAACAGCAGCGAGCUCUCGACGACUCUUAAGCCCCAGCCGUUUACCGGCGUCAACAAUGAAGGCAAAGCCACUGAGGCGUCAUCACUCUGCAUCUGUGUGCAGUCAGGAUAUGAACUGAAAAAUGGACUAGAGCAGAAUGUUGUCACCAAGUGGAACCUAGUGUGUGACUCUGCCUGGAUAGUUCAUAUUGCCAAAUUCUCCCUGUUGGUGGGCUCCAUCUUUGGAUACUUGGUGUUGGGAGUUCUGGCAGAUUGGUUUGGAAGGCACCCGGUCCUGAUCCUGUCCGUCUUCUUCAUGUUAGUCUUCGGCAUGACAGUGGCCUUCUCUGUCAACGUCCCAAUGUUCAGCACCCUGCGCUUCUUUGAAGGGUUUUGCUUGGCAGGAAUCACACUGUCCCUCUAUGCCCUGAGGAUCGAGCUGUGUCUGCCGGGAUGGCGUUUCUCCAUGACCAUGGUGGCAAACUUCAUGAUGUUGGCCGGGCAGCUGCUCAUGCCAGGACUGGCGGCCCUCUGUCGGGACUGGCAGAUUCUGCAAGCCGUCAUAAUCUGCCCCCUCAUACUCAUGCUGUCCUACAUCUGGAUUUUUCCAGAAUCUCUGCGCUGGCUGCUUGCAACUCAGCAGUACAGUCGCUCCAAAUGGAUCAUGGAUCGCGUCGCCAAGAAGAACGGCAUCAAUCUAGAGGAGGAUGCUGAGGAACUCAUGGCAGAAAUGAACAGAGCCCUGCCAAAACCAUCCAAGAAGACGUGCAUUGUGAAAAUGGUUGGCACAAGGAACCUGUGGAAGAAUAUAGUCGUGCUCUGCGUCAACUCACUGACAGGUUAUGGCAUACACCACUGCUUUGCGCGCAGCAUGAUGGACCAGGAUGUGGAGAUGACCACCAUGUUCCAUAACUUCUAUGCCGACUACUACACCAUGGCGGGCAUCGCCGUGGCUUCAUGCGUGGCACUUUGCCCUGCGGUGGGCGUGAUGGGCCGGCGUGGAGGACUCCUCAUGUUCAUGAUCAUUACAGCCCUGGCGUCUCUCCUUCAGCUGGGCCUGCUAAACUUGUUGGGGAAGUACAGUGUUCAGCUCAAUAUUGAACGCUCAGAUACGCUGAAGUACAACUUUUCUGUGGCUUUCUCCAUCAUUGGCAUGUUCUCCUCCCACGCUGUCAGCAACCUAAGCAUCUUUUUUUGUGCUGAAAUCACCCCUACUGUGAUUAGGGGUGGUGGGCUAGGCCUCGUACUAGCCAGUGCUGGUUUUGGCAUGCUGACAGCACCCAUCAUGGAGCUGCAUAACCAGAAAGGCUAUUUUCUGCAUCAUAUCAUCUUCGCCUGCUGUACUCUUAUCUGCAUCAUUUGCAUCCUGCUGCUGCCAGAGACUCGCGAUCAACCACUAUCAGAAACAUUAGCAGAUGCAGAAAAUUACACUCGCCAACCAUUGCUGCCACCUCGCAAGCCAGGUGAGCAACGCCUUCUGCUGACCAAAUCUGACAGCCGUGAGUACGCACGAGUAGGCGACACGCCCCUCCACGAAGCAGCCGCCACCGCUAUUUCCACUAUGGACUCUACUGCCUCAUCCGCCAUUGAUCUUCAAAUGCUCAUUGACCAGCAAGCAACAGGUCAGGUAGAGCUAUUCCAUAUGAAGACCUUGACUUCUUCCCAAGAUCAAGAUGAACUCAAGCAAACCAUUGAGGAGUAUCCCAAAGCUGCAACCACUCCGGUGUCCUCUGCCGAGGAUCCUCUCCUCGCCUCUAUCCCAAAAACCUCUACACCAAUCGCUAUUAGUUCUAUUCAGACAUCUAAAACAGAAUCUCCUCCUGAUGUUGUCCUAACUUUUCUGUCUUCUUCCUCCGCGGACACUCCUUUGUCCAGCAAUCAUGUCUUGGAUUCCUCUACUUCUCCUUUAUCGACAAAGAUCCAAACUCCUUUGGAGUCUCCCAUACCAGGUGCUGAUGAUUGCAACAUCCAAGUUGAAGUGGGCUCUGCUUUUGCGUCUUCUUCGCCACCACUUGUCAGUGACUCUAGCGUCCACCCGACAGUGUCCCCCGUAGACGGCGCCAUUCCUCUCUGCACAGUAAACCUGUCCGAUCUACCACCUACAUCCACUGGACAAUCACCCAAUCAGUCUUUAAAUGACAUUCCUCCCUCUUCCUCAAUAGACUCUCCCGUUAAUCUAGUCACUGAUAUUCUAGCCCCUCUCCCAACACAGUUGUCAUUACCACCAAUACUAGACCCAAAUGGUCAAGGUAAUGGCAUCCCAGCCCAAUCCUUCUCUUCACCCAUAGAUUCCGGCACUCCAUUGUUACACUUAGUUGCUUCACCUAUGAUGAACUCCAUAGAAUCUGGCCCAUCUUCACCAGCUCUACUGGAGUCUUUAGGUAAUGGUACUACUCUUCAUGCCGCUGUAGGUUCAACCGCACCUCAUGCCACAAGCACUGACUCUGUUACAGAAUCUGGCCACCCCCUCAUGGCGGACUUGACCGUUUCCUCGCCUAUUGACUCAGGUGUACCUAGAGACGCUGACUUGCACAUCACGGAAACCAACACUGCCAGUGGGGAGACGUCUUCAUGACGGACACAUUCGCUCCACAUGACUUGAUGGGCAGCCUUAUUAUUCUUACUGCUUGUUAUCAAGAAGCAGUUCUUGCCGUGAGAGGGGCUCGUUUCAGUCAUUGUUAGAAGUAUUGUUAUUUUCCAGCAGCCAUGACUCGAGAAUGGCAAAGCAAGGAGAAGGUAUAAAAGGAUUUGACUGAAAGGGAACGACCAACAGUCAAAGCUCAAAGGGUUUUUACUCUCCCUUGGUUUCCAAGCCUUCUUACUGUGGUGCCAGUAUCUGCUUUUUGGGCAGCUAGAUCCAAAAUUCCAUGCGUUAUCAUUGAGCUUCUAUUAUUAAAACACUAAGACCAAUAGUGACAAGUUCUUACUUGAGUUACUCUGGAAUUCAAUGUAGUCUAGUGGUUAGGCUUACUCAUAUCUGCUUGUUUGAUCGUGAUUAACAUUUAGGAUCAAAUGUGAUUAGUAAUUUUCUGUAAUUAAUUGACUGGAAUUAAGUUGCUAUAUUCAAGUGGGAAUAUAGCAUCGGUGAGGUCCAGUAUCAAAGGGAAUUUCUCGAAAACCCAACAGUGUACAUUUAAUGCUGGGAAUGUUUGCCGAUGUGUCCUCAAGUGAAAGGCAAAUACCUCUAUGAAUUAGGUGUCAAAUAAGCAAUGUUCGGAAGUAUAUGUUCAAACCUGUUGUAAAAUAGAUACUACACAGAGACUGCUCAAUGGUAUGAUUUAUUGAGCUAAUGUUUUGGUUAAGCUAAUCACUGAUUCUGGUGGGGAAAAAAAAUAAUUUUGAGGAAUACAGAUGAUAUUUCAUGGCUGUGUAACAGUGUCUAAGCGACCUACAAUACACAAAAUCAAGUGUAUGCAACAGACUUAUUGUGAAUGUGAACAAUUUUGUAAUUUAUGCUAUUGUGGUACUGAUGUACAGUGGUACUGACUGCUUUACUAAAAAAAAAAAAAAAAAAAAAGAUUUUAGAUUAUGUUGUCUGUAUCAAUGAGUGUACGCCCAUUGGUAUUUUGUUACCAUGUCUGUGUAAAUGUAUGUGGCACUUUAUCGUUCACAAUGACAAAAAAAAGCAUGUGAACAUCUAAAAUGAAACUUUCAAUGAAUGAUUUCAAAGUAAGAAGAACAAAUAAGAAUUUUUGAGGAAUGAGUACAAUUGCCAUCUUUCAUUUGUGGUCACUUUAUAAUCACAGCAAUAAUAUAUUUACAAUAUGUGACCCAUACUAUGCCAGGAGUUUAAAACAUUUCAGUUUUAUUUUCAAAUUGUUUUAUAUCCUUAAUCACAGUAAAGAGAACUAAUAUUAAAUAAUCAUUUUUUUUAAUGUCUGAAAUUGUCCCCUAAAAUUGGGGUGGGUGUGUUUAUUCAUAAGUUUGGCAACAGUUGAUCGUGAUCAAGGCUAAAACAAUUCGAAGAAAAUUUCAUUAAGAAACAUGGAGCUAAACCUGUUCUGGGCACGCAAUGUAACAUUACUUUGGAUUUCUUGGAAAAAAUGAUUUCCAGUGAUAUUUUGAAUCAAUCCAGCUAACGUUUAGUUUCUUUUUAUCAUCAAUAAAAAGUAUUAUGGCCCUACAGUAUGUAAUUUUUUUUUUUUUUUUUAAGUUUUUGAUUAUUUGUUACUUUAAAUGAUGUCUUUUGUAUUUUGUUAUUCCAAGGACAGGGGCAUUUUCUUCUCAAAUAUAUCAUGGCCUUCUUCUAUCUGGUGACCUCCUUUAGCUUUUACUACUGUAUUCUCGUUUAGCUAUUCAGGAUAUCUUGUUACAUUUGAUAUGUCCGCAUAUGACUGAGCAUGUUACAACGGACUCCAAAAUCUCAAAAGAAACUCUUGAGCACACUUUUGGCACAAAUGGCACACUUUUCCAUUUGCAAUGUGACUUGUUAGCGUGAUUGAUUUCAAACAGUUUGGACAUAUCUCAAAGACUCACAUUUUUAAAAGUAAAAAUCCUUACCAUUCAGUCAUUCAAUGAACCUAAUUUCCUAGCCAAGAAAUUUUUGAGAAAAAUACUUUACAUAAGUGCGCAAAUACUGAAGUGAACGUUUGGUCAGCGCAUGAGUAUCUGAGUUAAUCUAUUCCUCCACCACACUGAAUUCUCAGCUCACUAUUUGACACUCCAUUAGACAUUAAGAUCUUUUCAUUAGGGUCAAAUCAGAUCACAAACAACAUUCUUCCUACAUGCUACACAGCUCAAACUGAACAGGUUAUAUGCCGUAGUUCAAAGCCCAACACAAUGCCGUGUGUCCACAAAAACGCUAAAAACACUAGGUGCUCUGCUAGCGAGCACCUAUGUGUGUGUUUACAUCUGGAAGACGUAUUUUUUAGAUCUGCAAUACGUCUAUAGGACGUUCCUGUCAGAUGUCAAAUAGACAUUUAGAAAAUGUCUUUAAGAUGUUUAUGAUUUAGAAUGUAUGUAAAACGGACAUCUUAAAGACGUCUAUCAGAUGUUUGUAAACAGCAGAUGCUUUCCAGAUGAAGUGAACUUUAACAGACAUCUUGCAGACGUAUGUGUGAUAUCUGGUUGUUGCUGACCUGAUAGCACAUGAACAUCUCGGAUACAUCUAUUUGAUGUGUGUUUACAUCUGUUUAGAGCGUUUGCUCAUCAGCAAUACGUCUAUAGGACGUAUUCCUGUCAGAUGUAAAUAGAUGUUUAGAAAAUGUCUUUAGGAUGUUUAGGAUUUAGAAAGUAUGUAAAACUAACAUCUUAAAGAUGUCUAUCAGAUGUUUUAAAACAGAUGCUUUCCAGAUGACAGACAUACUAUGUGCUAUCUGAGUGUCAUCUGUUGGAACGUCAACAGAUUGUGGCGGUUGUUCGGUGUUAUAUUUGUCCCGCCCUUCCUCCACUGUGAUUGGACGGCUGGGUACAAAGUGACCGUAAUGAGCACUGCAUUUUACCCAAAGUUGAACAUUCUUCAAUUCGAGGCGACGGGUAAAAAAACGCAGUGUGUCAGCAUGAAAUAGACGCUCAGUGCCUCGUUAAGCCCCAGUUAUACUUCCUGUGUGCGCUAGGGUCCGCAUGGCGUAAAAAUCGUCAUCGGAGGGUGUACGCCGAGGCUCUUUGCGGACAUCUGCGUGCAUCCCAUUUUUAUAGCACCAACUGCGCAUGCACUGGAAAAACAACAUGGACGUCGAAUUUGAAGAGAGGCUGUGUGAAGUCUGUCGCUAAAACAAUAUAAAGACAGCCAGAUGUGCAAUAAUAAUGAUGUGCAAUAAUCCGUUUGUUUACUGUUCAAGCCGAUCUACUGCGCAUGUGUGGAACAUGUCCGCCAAGCGGACCCCAGCAUACACUUUCAGUAGUAUAAAUGCAAGUAAUCCGCGUCCGUGCUGUCCGUGUACGUGUCCGAACUGGAGUAUAACCAGGCCUUAACGCUCCUGGCGUUUUAAAAACGCGGCGCUCCCAUUGAAAACAAUUGUAAAAAUACGCUAUCCGCGGAAAAAACGUUUGGUGGACACACGGCCUAAGAAUACACUUAAGAAAGCUAUAUUGUGACGAUCCUCUCAUAGUCAAGACCAAUUACCAUUAUACACACAGAAGUCACCCCAAUAAGAACAAUAUUCCUUCGUUGCGUCCCAAUUCAGAGGCUGCAUCCUUCGAAGGCCGGACCGAGUGUUGUUAAAUGGGACGGUCCAGCCUACGGAGGAUUGCCCUUGUCGCCUAAUAACUGUGACAGCUGCUGUUGACGAGUGGCAGUAAUGUUUGUACUGGACUUUUUUUGAAAAAUAUAUUUAACUGUCUGAAAAUAACCUGUCUGAAUAUGUUAACCUUGGUCCAUUAUGUACAUAAUAAAGAGUACGUGGCCCAGGGAAAGAAGGCCACAUUUGAAGGAGCCUUCGAAAUGGGACAGCCUUUGUCGCAGCGCCACUGGGAUGCAUUCGGCCUUCUAAUGCAGCCUCUGAAUUGGGACACACAACUUGUUUUCAAGUUACACCACUUGACAUGCUAAACUUCCACGCGUAGCAUGUGAAGGCUGGCUGUCAAUGGGAAAAAUAGUGCAGUGUUUAACGCUAAAGUGCUGAGGUACUGUAUGCUUCACAUUGGCGGAUCAACCACUAUAUUAUAUAUGAACCACAUCAAAUGUAGUAAUUUUUUUGUAACCUCUUUCAGAUUUUAUAACUAAUUGUGGUAAAGCCAAAAUAUGGUGGUAAGCUCUUCUGCACAACAGACUAGUCACCGCUGUGACUUGGCCUGAUCUAGAAAACUGAAUAUUAGCUAGUCAAUGCAAACUCUUCCAAAUUCUAAUUUGUGAUAUCUUGAGUAUACCUCGUUGACAAGGGUAUUUAAUACAGGUAUUCCCUCAGAAUGUAUGCUCCGCUCCAAGAGCAGUGGCAGGAGGAUGAAUGUCAAAAAAAUUGAUUGUUUUGGGUUUCAUGUACAUUUUGUUAACAUACAUAAUGCAUUUGUAUAUAAAGUUGUAUGUGUCGUAAUAUACUUUAUUGAAUAAAAUAUAUUUGUUGAGA